GAAUAGGAAAGGCGCAGAUCGCACUCCCAUUCAAAGUGCUACCCUUUGUGACUCUCUCUCCCACUUUCUACACAAGAAUCACAGUCGAGUUUCAUGAAUAAAACUCAAGAUACAUCAUGGGAUCACAGACUCCAGAAGACCAGCGUCGAGGUCCAGAUGAAUCAUCGGCUGGCUCUACGAUCAACACUAACAACCCUCCCAAACCGGCAGCAGCAAGUGGUUUGGUUGAAGGGGUUCUCGAGGGAAAGGAUGGAGACGACGAUGACGACGACUACGAGAGCAAUGAAGGACCUGACCUGAAGGUCGACAACGGUAAGAAGAAGAAGAGAAAGAGAAACAGGACCAAGAAGAAUAAAUCAUCACUCGUGCAGCAGACGACUCCUCCCCGUGUCGCACUCGCAGACGUGUUCAAGAAUAAGCCAUACCCGGUGGGCCAGAUCGUUGAAUAUGCAAACCGCAACGAGAAUCUGCAGCGCACAACGAAUGAAGAGCUUCGACACUUAUCAGUUGUCAAUAACAUGAACGACGAGUUCCUGAAGGACUACCGCAAAGCCGCCGAAGUCCAUCGCGAAGUCCGCCAUUACGUGCAGAAGAUUGCAAAGCCUGGAGUCACGAUGAGCCAACUCGCUGACGAGAUCGAGGAUGGUGUGCGUGCUUUAGUUGGCCACCAAGCUAUAGAAAGCGGCGACGCUCUCAAAGCUGGCAUGGGAUUCCCGACCGGGCUGUGCCUGAACAACGUCGCUGCUCACUGGACACCUAACCCCGGUGGCAAAGACAUCGUACUCCAGUAUGACGAUGUCCUCAGUGUGGACUUUGGAGUGCACGUCAAUGGUCGGAUCGUUGAUAGUGCCUUCACGAUAGCCCACAAUCCAGUCUACGACGACCUCCUCGAGAGUGUCCGAGCCGCCACCAACACUGGUCUCAAAGAAGCCGGAAUCGACGCCCGCAUGGACCACAUCAGCGCCUGCAUCGACGAAGUAAUGUCAUCCUACGAGGUAACCCUCAACGGCAAAACCAUCCCCAUCAAACCCAUCAACAACAUCACCGGCCACAACAUCCUGCGCUACAAGAUCCACGGCGACAAGCAAGUCCCCUUCGCCAGAACCCGCACCAACCAGCGCAUGGAAGAAGGAGACGUCUUCGCCAUCGAGACCUUUGGCAGCACGGGCCGCGGCUCUAUCCGCGACGACGUCGGCGUGUACGGCUACGGCCGCAACGAGAAAGCGAGUGCGCGCGGGCUGCACCAUGCGUCUGCGAAGGCGCUGUUGAAGGUGAUUGAUGAGAAUUUCGGCACGCUGGUGUUCUCGCGGCGCUAUCUGGAGCGCGUGGGGGCGAAGAACUAUCAUCUUGGUAUGAAGUCGCUGGUGGCGAAUGGGAUUGUGGAGCAGUAUGGACCUUUGGUGGAUGUACCUGGGUCGUAUGUUGCGCAGUUUGAGCAUACUGUUCUGCUGAGGCCGAAUUGUAAAGAGGUCAUUUCUCGCGGAGACGACUAUUGAGCAGUGAACAAGAUGAGAACGUGGAGGAGCUUACGAGUAGUGAGCAUCGGCUCAAGUAGCGUGAAGUUGCUUGGUGUGGCAUUCAACAUGUCCUCCUCACUUAUGUUAUCUCGGCCUGGCUUCAACAGCCUCGCGUUCUUGUCGGUUUUCAUUUGAUUUGUAACUGGGACGCCUCUUAGUAGUGCCUCGUUUCGGCUGAUCCUGCCAACAUUUGAUUUCCAUACUGCCUUAAUCAUGGCACAAAGUCCGGCAAGAAGCUUGAUAGUGUUUAGAAGAAACCAUAUAGCAAGCUUGAAGCAUCAGUCUACACCGAUCGCAUCUUCC